AUGUGUCAUGAAAGCUUGCAGCGCAAACUGAACAUUGCAGCAAAGAUCCAUGGCUACGACUACCGGCUGGUCGUCAUGCCGAGAAAAGAUGGCCGAUUUGGAACAUGGGGAAAAGUGACUGCAAUCAGAGAAGCCUUGCGACAUUACAAAUACGUCGUGUUCCUAGAUGGAGAUGCCAUGUUUUUAUAUCCGAAUCUUCCAAUGGAGUGGUUAUUCAACUACUGGGAUAUUACCGAGAAUACCCUCGUCGCGAUGGCACUUGAUCCCGAUGCGCCUCAGAACCGCGACUGGAACGACCGCACGAUGCUGAACACCGGAUUUGUGAUUGCUCAACAAAGCCCUCGAACUGAUGAGUUAUUCGAGGCUUGGGAUUCCUGCCCCAGUGAGACCCGCUAUCCAGGGUGUUCGAAAUGGAGUCGUGAAUGGCCUCAUGAACAGUCGGCCUUUGGGAACCAUAUUCGAUAUGACUUCAAUAGAUCCGAAGACAUCCGAGUUUUGUCUUGUGCAGAGGCAAAUGGGUGCCCUGAAGUUGCGACCACUGGAUGUGUUGGACAGCUGAUCCGGCAUUAUUGGGGGGACAAGUCGGCGGUGCCUGCGGCCGUGGGCGAUACGAUUUUGCACUACUUCCUGCCUCAACUACAUGAGAUUUUCUACAAAGACCGUGAGACAUUGGUGAUCAACGCGAGUGAGCGUGGAUUUGUUUGA